AUGGCUAUUCGUCAACAGUAUGCUAAUGAAGAGCUUGUUCAUAAACUUCGAUCAAUGCUUAAUGAUUUGCCAACACUUCGUACACGAGCGAUUAAAAAACUAGAGCAUUGGCGAGAAGCAGCCAUAAAACGUCUCCUAGCUCGACAACGCGAAUUGGAAAAGACUCUGCUAGAUAAAUUUGAACGGCUUGAAUCUGACACACAAUUGUUCGUGGAAAAAACUGAACGUAAAAAAGCUCAACAACAACGACGUUGGCAAAGUGAACCAUUAGAUUUUCUUAAUAAAAAUGAAAUCGAUCGUAUAUCAACAAAUCUAAGAUCGAUUCGAGAAGAAUUAGAACAAUCAAAACUAAUUUUAGCUGGUAAUCCUGUAAAUGAAAAUAUUGGUGAAAUCAUAUCUGAUGUUCAUUCGCAAGAUACAUUAACAGAAGCAUCACGCUACGGAGAUACUUCAUCAUCGAAAACAGCUAUCUAUAAAAAUUAUGAUACAUCAUCAACAACGAGUGAUUUUGGUUUUGAAUUAAAACGUGUACUAGAAAUUUGUACGAGCCCACAAUCUUUAUCAUCAACUUUAUCAGCCGAUGAACAAUCACGUUUGCAAUCUAUUAAUCAUACUGAAUAUUCUCAUGAUGCAAAAUCUAAACAAACAACACCGAAAACCAGUAAAACAAGUCAACAAAAACGAACAAAUCAAACAAAUAAUAAUACAAACAAUAUAAACAAUACAAACAAUACAAACAAUACAAACAAUACAAACAAUACAAACAAUACAAACAAUACAAACAAUGCUAACAGUACAAACCGACGUCAUGCACGUUUAAUAACAAAUAUUACUGAUGAACAAGAGCAACACGAGCAACCAGAAAAAGAGCAACAAAAACAAAAACAAGAAAGUAUUCCUGAGGAAUUGCCAGUAAAGAAAAGUCAUAAGCUAUUUGCAUUCGAAUCAUUUGAUGAUUCGAUCAGACGUUUUCAACGAUUACGUGAAAUCAGAAAAAAUUUAAGAACAAAAUAUGAUGAUAGCACUUCAACCGAAACUAAAGACGCGGAAAAUCAACAUUCAAAGGAUAGUUCCAAUAAGAAAAGUGAUCCGUCACAAACAAAAAAUCCCGAUAUAGUUCAACUAUAUGAUCAAGCUGCGAAAAGUGUCAAAAGUCGUGAUCGAAAAUAUCGUUCGAAAACACUUGAAGGACAGCAGAUACGUGCUGUUGAUAAUCAAAUGUAUGGAUGUUCAUCAUCAAAAACAAAACAACAAGUACAGUGCCGAUCUGGAUCACGUAAAGACCGUAAUCAUCGUUUAUCAUUUCGUCGUUCGAGUGAAGACUUUCAAGAUAAAAAAUUACACCUACGAAGACACUUGAAUUCUUCAAAUCAUAAUAUAAAUGAAACAUGGUUUGAAAUUGAAAGAGAACAUUGGACUAACUUAUUGGAAAACGGUUGGAGACCAAUGGAAGGCACACCUGGUGUUAAUGUUGUUUCGUUUGAUGAUCCAGAUGAUUCUGAAUCUUUUAAACAUACAGACGAGAACAAAGAAAAUAAAAUAGUUGAUUUUUAUGAACAAAUAUCACGAAAUGAAUAUGUUUCAUUAUUUGAAAAUCUCGAUUUUGCUUAUACGAGUACAGUCGAUUUAGGAAAUGAAUUUUGGCGUUUUCUUGAAAUUAAUGGAAAUCAACAUUUAUGUCUUUAUCAUCAACUUAAUAAACAAUUUAUUAUGUAUAAACCUGAUGUCUCACUUUUAUCUUUUCCAUGGCCAUAUGAUGGCAUUGUUGAUAUAUCAUGGUCAAAGGCAACAAAUGCAUGGGCAGUAGCUACACAAACACAAAUUAUUAUUUGCAAUCAUUCAUUUAGCAAAGUUUUGCAAUCAAUUGAUAUCAAUGGUGAUUGGCCCAAACGUAUUACAUCGUGUCGAUCGUCGGUUUUCCAUACAUAUAAACUUCCUCAAGCUUCCAUAGCAUCUCCCUACACUUCUUCCUAUGUUCGUUUAUCUUAUAAGGAUCGUCCUCAAUUUUUACUUGAACGUUAUGAUUAUAAAUUAAAUUCUCUAUGUAAACACAUUCUCGAAUCAUCGACAAUAUGGGACAUUGAAGCGGAUGAUCUCACUGAACAUUUAGCUGUUUUAUGUGAUGUUGCUUUACUUAUAUUUGAUUAUCAAUUAAAUUUAUUACGACAAAUUGAAGUAACUGGAUUUAAAGUAAGUACAGAUCAUUUUGGCGGUUGGUUAAUUGCUGAUUACAAUGCAUCAUGUAUAUGGCAAAUACGACGAAAUGAAUAUUUAAAAGCUAAUAAAAUUGUAAAUGUAGAAAGACCAUGGUCUGUUAUACUUGAUCGAAGUAUGUGGACAUUAGUUACAUUGAGUGAAACACAAAAUCGUGCUAAACGUUUAUUGUUUUUUUCUUUGAAAAAUAUUCCUUCAUUACUGACAUCAAAUGAUUUAUCCUUAGCUCAAUCUCAACUUUCCAGUUCAUCUUUAUCUUCACUGUCGGAAUCGUUAUUAUAA